UCUCAAAUAGCAGCUGCUACUAGUUGUACAGUUCUCUUUCAGUUUAUAUCAGAGAGCCCAAUGGAGUCUUUUGAAGGACCUCGUCAGGUUAACAGGGCUAACUUCCUACAAGUCCCCACGGGAAAUGAUUGCACUUCAGACGACGAAGAUGUUAAUAUUGACAUUAAACUUCGUUUCUCCCCAUGUCCCCGAAGACGGAAUUCUUCAGCUUCAGAGGAAGAGGAGGCAGAUACUCCCACCCACAUCUCAAGAAAAGUUUCAUUUGCUGAUGCAUUUGGGUUUGAUCUUGUGUCUGUUAAAGAGUUUGAUAUCUGGGAAUUUCCUAAUACAGGACAAGAAAAUUAUGUAGAAGAUGAAGUUUUCCCUCAAGAUGAAUUUUUUUUCUCGCAGCAUUUUACAUUACCUGCUUCUCAAGAAGAACUUUUACAAAAAGUGCGAGAGCAGAAAGUAGUGCUGGAGUCAGUCGUGCUCCUGCCUGGAGUUACCUGUAUGAACGGCAUUAUACGAGUCCUCAAUGUAUCCUUUGAAAAACAGGUGUAUGUUCGAAUGACAUUGAAUAACUGGCUCACUUACUAUGACAUCCUCGCAGAGUUCAUGCCUAAUUCUUGUGGUAGUGAGAUGGAUCAGUUUUGCUUUAAGAUUUCUGUGGUGCCUCCUUUCCAGAAAGAUGGAGUUAAGGUGGAAUUCUGUAUCCGCUACGAGACAUCAGUUGGUACCUUCUGGGCAAACAAUGAUGACAAAAAUUACACACUGAUUUGUCACAAGAAAGAAACUGUGCCCAAGGUGGAUAAUAAAUCCCAGAAAGAGGCUACAGAUAGGUGUCUUAAAGGCUGCCUAAAGACAACACAAAGCAGAAAAGAAGAAAUAUUGGCAUCGUCUGACGGUGGCACAUGGAAUAACUCAAGGACUUCAGACACAAACAUCCCAGAAAUUGUUUGUUCACAAGCAGAAGACAAAGACAAGAAACUAGCUAAAGAAAAUAUAAAAGACAAAAUUGCAGAAUACAACCAGGGUGAUCACAAAGAUGAUGAAAAAGAAUUAGAGUUGCUGUUAAAUCAGCACUUCACAGGAGCUAGAGGUACCUCUUCCAGAGAUGAAAGGAAUUUUUAUACAACAAAACCAAUUAAUUUUCCAAGUGAAACUGAAAGAUUGGUGAAAAAUCCAACCUGUACAGAAAGAAGCAGUGACUUGCACCCCGUGCCUAUCGGUUCCUCAUCUGAAAACACUUCACAUGCGAUAGGAGAAGAAUUAAAAGAUAAAGCUAAGUAUUCUGUAAAAGAUUAUAGUAAUCAGCUACCAGGGAAGGAAGUCACUGCUGGCUCAGUAAACAGCUAUGGGCGGUCUUUGGAACAUACUGGUACCAGUGAAAGCCUUUUAUCGGCAAAACAUUUUCCUCUGACAAAGCAGAAUGAGGCUAUCAAUGUUAUGGCUACUGGCUCAAGCCGACAAGGAGAGAGGCACACAGAUAUUUCAAAAGGUGAAAUAGAUAGCUCCUCGGGAAGUAAGAUGGUGGAGAGGCUAUUCAUCAGUGAGGAUGCUGCUGGUACCUCAGAAGGGGCCUGUGAAAUGACACCAGAAACCAUUUCACCAGAGCAUGACAAAUCCAUGCAAUUAAAUGCACACAUAGCAAGGACGCUGGAUGGCAAUGCUAAUCCGGCUCUGGAACACCAGGCAUCACAAAUGUCUCACCAAACUUUGGAUUCAUUGUCGUCAGAUGCUGACAAAAAUGAAGGAAAAAUCAAGAUGAUUGAAAGCGAAGUUCAGGUACACUUAAGCGAAGAUUUGUAUUCCGGCACUUUUGCACAUGCUGGUGUCUCAACAGAUUCCACACGAAAAAAAGGAGUUAGUGAAAUGUCAGAAAGAAACACUGAUUUAGGGAAGCAGAAGAAAGUCAUUGAAGUCGCAGACUUGACAUCAAUAGGUGAGGAGGAAGCUUCCAAGCCUUUCAAGGCACACAGGAAACACAACGCCAAAGCCCUGAACCCAGCACCUCUGCCAGCUGAGAACAAGCAGGCACCCAGGGCCACCAGGGUGGAUGAAAAGCGACCUGAGGACACUCAGGAACACAGAGGAUUCAGGAGAUUAAAAGACAGAGAGACAGACAACACAAAUAAAGGGAGACCAAUCGGAAGGGAAAGCGAAGCAAACUUUGCAGAGCAGAGGUGGCAAGGAACGGGGAGUGAGGUUUGGCGGAGAGUGGGGGGGAGCGUGGAACCUCAGACCGUGACUUCCACAAAGGAGCUGUUUACCUGCCAGGAGGCAGAGAGUUGUGAAAAGUCUUCUGUCUCUGAGCAGGGUAUUACAGAGAAAGCAGAGGCAGGUACAGCUUAUAUAAUUAAAACAACAUCAGAAAGUGCUCCAGAAAAAAUGCCUGGCAGUGAAAAAGCAGUAAUUGCUAAGCUACCUCGAGAGACUGCACUAAGUGACAGGCCCACAGAGGAAAAGGAAACAGCGUUUGAUACACAUGAAGGGAGAAAUGAUGGUUCACAUUAUGCUCUUUGUCAACUCAACACAGUGGGUGUAUUAUAUGACACUGAAUUUGAAAAGGAAUCAGUUUUAGGUAUUUAUAAUGCAGGCGUACAUGAAACACUGCAAGGAGAAACGAAGUCUGUCUGCAAUAGCAAGGAAAAAUGUGCCAAAGCACAAGCAGACAAUAUUCUACCUGUAGGACAAGCAGUAAAGGCUUCUGCUAUGGGAAGGAAAGAUUUACAGGAGGGUUCACAUUCAGAAAUACCUAAAAGCCCCCUGAGCACUCAGAAGCAUCUAUACCAUGAGAAAGCAGAAGAGCUCUACAGGGCAGAAAGCCAUGGUGAUACACUUGCCUGUUUCUGUUCUAAAGCUGAAACAAAAAUGCCACCUUCUGGUACAAAUAUUGUGCCUAGUUACCAUUAUAAAAGCUCUUCAGUGCCAUCUUCAGAAGGGCCCACUCUGGAAGAAGGCAUGGGGCACCUAUAUAGACACUUUGAAUCCAAUGUCAUUGACAAGGUUGCUGCUGAGUCAGGGUACAAUUUAAAUCUAACAAAUGAAAUAACAUGUCUUAACAAAAGCUUCUCUCCUGAAGUUGAAAAAGGAGAAGUACCUUCUGCUUCAGACUCAGCAACUUCUGGAGAAGGAAGAGGAAGGAAUACAGGUCAAUUUUUCCAUCAUGCAGAGCUCCAACAAGAGAGGUUAUGGAGGCCAGAAGUUUUAAUUAGUAAGUCUACCAAAGAAAAUGGGGGAACAGACUCAGACUCUCCAGCUGACCAUUUAAUAACAGGGGGGAAAACAGUAAACUGGCUUGACGACUCAAAGAAAGAAAGCCAACACGCUUCUGAUUCUGCAGAUAUUUCUAACCAGAAGAGUGAAGCCUGUAAAUUACCUAGCGAGUCUCCACGUUUAAAACAUAUUGCUUUCAAAAUAUUCUGUUUCUUCUUGUUUCUUCUAUUUGCUGCAACACUCUACCACUAUGAUUUGAUGGUCUGCCUUGCACUCUACCUGUUCUCCUUGUAUUGGCUAUACCAUGAAGGAAGAAGAAACAAGGAGUCUAUUAAGAAGGAAUAACACUGACUGUCAGCUCUGCUCAGGAUCCAUAGUCAAUAAUCUUCAAUUCCACCAAAGCAUUUUCACUGUUAAAGAGUUUAUUCUUUGUUAGAACCAAAGCAAGAUUUUCGCAGCAGCAUCUUUUAUUAAGAGAUUACAUAUGAAGUUGAGCCUUCAUAUAAGUAAUUAAACUAUGCAGGACCAUUAUGUUUGGAUCAUUAAAUACCUAUAUGAGUAUGAGUUCUGAAGCACAUCAAGUUAAAAUGAAGUACAGCUGUUGCUUCUUAGCAAGAUAUGAAAAAGCAAUGCUUCACAUUUCUGUAGUACUUAAACCCACCAUUUACUUGCUUUAAUUUCUUUUGCAUUAAAGCUUCAUAUUUUUCUGGGAAUUUUUUCCCAAGAUUCUGUGUGGUACAUAACAACACGAAACAAUAUAAAACCUAAGUCAGUAUUUUGGUGCUGACAUUGCAGUUGAUAAUAUGCUAGUGUAAUUAGCCAAUGCUCUAAGCAAUGCAUCUGUUGAUAGUUUAAUACAAUUUUCCAAAUUUUUAUUUAAUUAUUUCGACUUAGAGCUUCAGCAGCACUCCCAUUUGAAAAAUGUAAGGCUUUGACUUCAUUAACAUCAUGUAACUUCCAGGAUGUAACUGCGUAGCAGAAUAGAUGUGCUGUUUCCACCCUGUAAAGAUUGAAGGUCACAGCCACAGGCCUCUUACUGAUCAC